GGCUAUGGGGAGACAUUUUACCCCAGUGGGGAGCGCUACGAGGGCGAGUGGAACGGUGGGCUGCGGAGCGGCUGGGGACGGAUGUACUACCAGGACGGAUCCAUCUACGAGGGCCAGUGGCUGGAGGACCGGCCUGGCGGGCAGGGAAUGCUGCGGCUGCCAAAUGAAAAUCGGUAUGAAGGAGGUUGGAAAGAUGGAAUGAAGCAUGGCCCAGGGAAAUUUUUCUACUUGGAUAAAGGACAGUUGUUUGAAGGUAUCUGGGCAGCAGAUAUACCAAAAUGUGGAAUGCUGAUUGACUUCGGCAGAGACGAAGCUCCUGCCCCUACUCAAUAUCCAAUCCCAAAGAUUGAACUAGCUGAUCCAGAUGGUGUUUUAGCAGAGGCCCAGGCGAUGUUUGAUGACAGCCAGAAUUAA